CCACAUAACAAAUAACAACCAUACAACUGUCAAAACUGAACUGGAAAGAUUAGCAAAAGCAAACAGAAGAGAGAGAGUGUGUGUGUGAUUGUACGGACAUGAGAUCAUUCAUGGCUGCCACUGGAACUGGAACGAUUCCAGCUUCGUCUUCUUCACAUAUUCUCUUCUCUUCCAUUUCUCAACGGCGCCACUAUCCUCUUCUUGCCUGGGGGAACCCAACCCACAGUACGGCCCCAACCUCCGCCGCCUCUUUCCGAUACCGAACGACGCCGAGGCCUGCGGCGGUGGUGACUCCGCCGACGACAGAGACGACUGAUGUUGGAAGCAAAAGGAGCGAAAAACGUGAGUUCUACCCUAUCGAACAUCUUACGACGUGGCUUUUGAAGCACGAACAAAGCGGUGACAUCGACGCCGAGCUCACCAUCGUUCUAUCCAGCAUCUCCUUGGCUUGCAAACAGAUCGCUUCGCUGCUUCAGAGGUCUAGCAUUACUAACCUCACCGGUGCUCAGGGAACCAUUAACAUCCAAGGCGAAGAUCAGAAGAAGCUCGAUGUUAUCUCUAAUGAGCUAUUUUGCAGUUGUUUAAGGUCUAGUGGCCGGACUGGGAUAAUAGCUUCAGAGGAGGAAGAUGUGCCUGUUGCAGUAGAAGAAACUUACUCAGGAAACUACAUUGUUGUGUUUGACCCCAUUGAUGGCUCUGCCAAUAUUGAUACUGCCUUAACUACUGGCUCUAUCUUUGGCAUAUACGGCCCAGACAAGCAAUGCCUUGUUGAUCUUGAUGAUGAUUCCCCGCUAGAUGAAGCCAAAGAGAGGUGCAUCAUCAGUGUUUGCCAGCCGGGUAGCAACUUGUUAGCAGCUGGAUAUUGCCUGUAUUCAAGCUCAGUUGUUUUCACUCUUUCUAUAGGGAAAGGAGUAUUUGCAUUCACCUUGGAUCCUACUUAUGGUGAAUUUGUAUUGACACAUGAAAAUAUUCAGAUUCCCAAAACUGGGAAAACUUAUUCAUUCAAUGAAGGAAAUUAUGACCUUUGGGAUGAAAAGCUAAAGAACUAUCUUGACCACCUUAGGCAGCCUGGCCCCAGUGGCAAGUCAUAUUCUGGCCGUUAUAUAGGUUGCCUGGUUGGUGAAAUUCAUAGAAUGUUGCUUCGUGGUGGAAUCUACGGGAACCCCGAUAACAAGUACAGCAAAAAUGGAAACUUACGGCUACUGUAUGAAUGUGCACCGAUGAGCUACCUUGUAGAACAAGCAGGUGGGAAAGCUACUGAUGGUCGCCAAAGAAUUCUUGAUAUCACACCAUCUGAGGUGCACCAGCGCACGCCAAUUUUCAUUGGAAGCGCAGAGGAAGUGGAGAAAUUAGAAAAGUAUUUGGCUUGAGACUUUUUUAGUGUUUUUCAAAUUAUUGUAGAUUGAUUGUAGUUGAUUCUUUUGCAAGUAUUUAUAUAACAUCUUUUAAUCCUAUUAUUAAGACAUGAUUUCAAAUUCAA